AUGCACCCGUUUCCCCCGAGCAAGCGCCGCCACGAGACAAGCUGUGCUCACGAGACUUUGAGUGCUCUCGUCUCCAAACGCCGCAAGCUCAGCGCCGUGGCGUUCGACGCCGCUGCGAUCGAGUCAAACCGCUGCAAAGCGCCAUCAGCAGAGCCACGCAGCGAGGUCGCUGCUGAUGUACCAGCCAACCCACUUCCUUUGGCCAUCGUUGCUGUCACGCCCACGGGACCACCGGCGGGACCUCGCGCCGGCGCGAAGGUCAAGAAGACCACGGUGCUGACGGUCGUCAAGACCGUGACGACCGUGAAGACUACUGUCACGACCCGAGUGUCGCCACGCGCGACGCCCUCCGCCGAGGAGGAACUGUCCAGAGAGAUCUCCGAGCACUCGGCCUCGUUGCCCUCCGGCGUAGGAGCCCCCGCUGCUUCUGACCACCAAUGGUCGGCGUCGCCAAGGACGCGAUCCGGUCGGGUGGUGCUGCCCGAAGGCGUCAAUGCGUCUGUGACGAUGCAGGUGGCUCCACUUGCGGAGUUUCGGCUCUCCCCGCCUGCCUCUUCGGGUGAUGGCCCCUUCAGUCCUCGUUCCAGCCAGAGCACUGAGACGGAACCAUCGCCCCCGGUCACACCUGCGCGCUCAGCUCCGAGUCUAGAUGCUGCAUACUCGCCUGCGACGGCAAGUUCCCAAACCACGACUCCCCCGUGGUCACCCCAAAGCCCCUUCCGGUCGCGCCUGCACAAACGUGCAGAGGUUCUUCCUGCUUGGUAUACCGUGGCGGUCGCCUCCGACAGCGACGAACCCGAGACGGCGCCGCUCAUCGGCUCCCCACUUCCAGCUGCACGCCCGUCGUUCACCGCCUCGCGCAUGAACUCCCCGGGCUUUACUGUUGUCGAAGGCGGUGCCGUGAACCCACCCCGCGACGAGUGGCAGCUCGAGACGUGGCCGGAUGACGUGCAGUUCACGUCAGCGCAGCUGAAUCCGCGCCGCUGGAAGUUCCCAGCCGUCAGCGUGGGGGUGA